GGACUGCGCCGGCCGCGCGCACAUCCGGUUGUCCUAUGGGCUGCACUUUGUGGUGACGUCACGGGGAUAAAACCGGGCGGCAGGGUCCAGCUUGGUUCGACGCUCCGUUCGGUUUCAUUUGGCAUACAGUGGUCCAAAGUGCAUUGUUAUAGCUACAAAAAUUCCACAUAUUUCAUGAUCGUACAUUUGAAGUUUUUAUAUAUUUCUUGACGUUCCAAUAUAAUACAAUGUAGUAUAUUAAUACGGUAUACUCCACCGUAUUACAUGUAUAGUGCCCUAGACUUGCUGAAGGGGAACACCAAAAGUACCCACUGCAUCGUCCCGAUUUUUGUUUCUUUACAUAUAUUACCGUCUACAUACGUUUCAGUCUGAACUUUAAUCGUUCCAGACGUUCUCGGUUUGCCUCUCGUGCGCGCGCACCUCGCGCAUACCUACGCGCUGCUUGCCUCGUAUACGAGGCCUCAUCGGUGACUGGGCUGCGGCGCGUCACGCGACGCCGUCGCGUGGUGGUGUACACGGCGGUGCGCGCAGGAGGGUGCGCAGUGGUGUGCGCGGGCCGGGGCGGUUUAAACGUACUUUGGGCCGACGCGCAGUGACUGACACUCACCCACUGACCACCGGCUCGAUUACGAGCGGUCGGGUCGAGAGCCACGAAAAGAGCGCCGUUCAGCUAGUCGCAGCUGCUCGUGGAGAGCGCUCGGAGCGCGAGUGACGCUCGCUCGACCAACUCGGGAAAACGGCAUUUUCCGUUUGCGGCUUCUGCAUCCUGUUCUACCUCCGCCACCUGUUGGGCAAUCUUCCGGGAUUUGCGGUGUACUCGGGUGCGUGCUUGCUCGCUUUCGUGCGAAUCGGGUUCUCGUGAUGGCGAGGAAGUGCGCUGGAGGGUUGGCGUCCGCAACUAUCACCCGAGGAAUGAGUCGUUCGUGAAUUGGGUCGAUCUGCAGGUCGCAGCAACUCGUUUCUGGGAUCGGCCCAAAGCAAGUCUGGAACUUAAGAGCAGUCGAGAGUCGGAAUUCCAAAUCACUCAGACACUUGAACCCGAGCGGCGCCAACGUUGGGUUCUGUGAGUUCUACGAGUUCUGUGAGUGCCUUCUGAUCCAGUUCCUGAAAGUGAUAUCGUGGAGUGUGAUAUAAUGAAUGGACAAUGAAUGUUCCUAUCAUAUCCGGAGACAUUGACGACGAUGACUUCAAUCCACGGUUCGUCCGGGGCUCGGACCCGAGAGUGGCGACUUGUAGAGGAAAGCUCCAAAACAAGCGCAGCAAGCUUAACCAAGAGAUCAACAAGGAAUUGCGACUACGAGCCGGGGCUGAGAAUCUCUUCAAAGCAACCACCAACCGGAAGUUAAAGGAAACCGUAGCACUGGAAUUGAGCUUCGUCAAUUCUAACCUUCAGCUGCUAAAGGAACAGUUGGCCGAGCUGAACAGUUCAGUGGAACUGUACCAGAAUGCCGACAGUGACGAGCCUAUUAUGCCAAUGAUACCUCUGGGUCUGAAGGAAACGAAAGACAUCGAUUUUCGAGAUCCAUUCAAGGUGAGUUGUUCCACAAGCUUAUAAAAUUCUUACAAGGACGGUAUCCCAGGUCGAUC